AUAAUAAUAAGUUUCCCUCGUUCAAACUCAGGUUGUCGUGUAAAACUCCAUGCGUCUCUUCAGUUAAUAUUUCUCCGACAAGAGCGUCCCAUCAAGAUGUAAGAGAUGAUCUCUAAAGGGUGCCCGAAAUGCAAGAACCAGGUGGCUGUCGCUUGCAAAGCGUGCCCCUGCGGUCACAUCUUCUUCACCGCUCGCAACAGAGCACGCACCUUGGACAGCUUGAUCGUGCCAUCAUCAAGCAAUGCUGGUGAAAAUCAGGGACAGAGGAGAACAGAGAGGGUCAAGCGUGAGAAGCCUAAGUUCUACGACUCAUUGCAGUACGAAAACAAACUGAAAAAGAGAAGAAAAACAAAAAUAACUCAACCCGUUUAUGAGGAGGAAAAGGAUGAAGAAGAGGAAGAUUCAGACCCGAAGAACAAGAAAAGGAGAGUCCUGAAGAAGGUUCAGGAGGAUGAGGAGGAUCCUAUGAUAAGCUUGUCAAAUGAAAGGCUUCAGCAGUGUGCCAUAGAAUUGGCAGAGUUGAAUCGAAAAAUCAACUCGGUGUCAUGGAAGAUUUAAGAAAACGACUUGGUGCUUCUGAUUGAUGUAAUUAGAUUAAGCAAAUAAAAUAAAACAUGACGAGAUCUCGACUAA